ACCCCUGCCUUGCCGUCGGGUUCCCUCGCCCUCGGCGCCCGGAUCCCUCGCCUUAGCCGCCCGGAUCCCCCGCCCACGGCGUCGGGGUCCCCGGCCCUCCGAGACCCGAUCCCUCGCCCGCCGCGCCCUGACCCUCUGUUCUCCUUCCACGCCCUUGGCGUCCAGACCCCCCCACUGCCCACCCGUCCUCGGCUCCCUGCAGCCCCAGCCUCAACUCCAGCUCCUCCCAACGCCGUCCUCGGUGCCCGGGUCCUCGGCCAGCCGCACUGUCCCCCACUGCCGCCCCAGCUCUCAACGCCCCGCUCUUUCCCGCCCGUCCUCGCCCGGAGCCAGGCUCUCGGCACCGCCGCCUCCCCCAUCUCUACUCUGCGCUCUGGCCCCCAAGCGGGUGCCCGGGCACUCCCGCGACCUCUCGCCCGCCCGCGUGCGCGGUGACCCUGCGGCCGCCCGGCUCUGUCUCCGCCCGCGCGGCCGCCUCGCGCAGGUCACGUCCCCGGCCUGGGCCUGGCUGGCCCCCUCCGGGGCUCAAGCCUUCAGGCCUCUGGCCCAGGCGAGGUACCCGGGAGGAGCCGGGACGGAUGGGCGGGCCCCUCCUGAGGCGGAGGCGGGGCAGGGCUGCGGGCCCUGGGGGCGGUGUGGCCCUGCAGGGCACGACCGGGAUCAGGACCGGCCUUAAGCUGCACGACGAAGCUGAGGUCUGAGCGUCGCCCAUCUCACAGCUGCCCCACUUGUCAGUGGAAUACUCAGCCGGCGCCCUGGACUCAGUCAGCCUUGCGAUGGAUGCUUCUUAAAGCGGAGGGUAGGCAGCCUAGGCUGCGGACUUCUGGAAGAGGAUGGUGACGCCCUGGCGCUUCUCUGUCAGGGUCUGCUUGUCGCACCUAAGGGGUUUUGAGCUCAGAAAGGAACUCGGCCUUCUGAGACCCGCUGGGUACUCUCGCAGGGCUAGACUCUGUUGGCUUCUGCUUGGCACUUUGCCCAAACUCGUCUCUGUCUCUGAAGACACUGGGGAGGGGGCCCCUGAGAGCUUGUGUCGGCAGAGGGCCCGCCGGAGUGUCCUGGCUGAACAUGGGCCCCUGGGGACAGUCCCCCCAGAGGGACGGCUGGACGGUCUCCUUCUGCACCUGCGGAUCUGGCUCAGGGCGGGGGCCCUCCUGGUGAAAUUCUUCCCCCUCCUUCUACUCUACCCCUUCACCUACCUGGCUCCCAGUGUCUCCAGUCUCUGGCUCUACCUGCUUCUGAAAGCCACCGAGACCUCUGGCCCAACGUACAUCAAACUGGGCCAGUGGGCCAGCACCCGGCGGGAUCUCUUCUCAGAGGCUUUCUGCGCCCAGUUCUCCAAGCUGCAUGUCCGGGUGCCUCCUCAUCCUUGGACUCACACUGAACACUUCCUACGGCAGGCCUUUGGAGAGGACUGGGGGAGGGUCCUGUGCUUUGAGAAGCUGGAACCCGUGGGUUCAGGCUGUGUGGCCCAAGUGUACAAAGCUCGUGCCAACCCUGCCUUCCUGGAAAACGACAGCAUCCAGAGACUGGCCUCGGGCUCUAGCCUGCAGCCUUCUUCGGAAGCUGGGGUGGUCGGGAGGCUGAGAGAGCUCCUUGGACCCCAGGGGAAGGCCUGGGGGCCUCCAGGAAGUCUUGCGGACCACUCAUUUCUAGAAAAGCUGCUCCUCCCUAAAGCUGAUCUGGUUGGGUCCAGUGCAGUCUUGUUUCAGGCUUCGGGGCCCGUCCACAAACCAGAACCAGAUCACCUCAUCCCCGUCGCAGUGAAGGUGUUGCACCCUGGCCUGCUCGCCCAGGUACAGAUGGACCUGCUGCUGAUGAAGAUGGGCAGCCGAGUCCUUACACUUUUACCAGGAAUCAAGUGGCUCAGCUUGCCUGAGAUUGUGGAGGAAUUUGAGAAGCUCAUGGUCCAACAGAUCGACCUGCGUUACGAAGCCCGGAAUCUGGAACACUUCCAGUGCAACUUCCUGCACGUGAACUCUGUCAAAUUCCCCACCCCUCUGCGCCCCUUUGUCACCAGGGAUGUCUUGGUGGAAACAUACGAAGAGAGCGUGCCUGUGUCCAGUUACCAGCAAGCAGGGAUUCCCAUGGACGUGAAGAGGAAGAUCGCGCGGCUGGGGAUCAACAUGCUGCUGAAGAUGAUAUUUGUGGACAACUUCGUCCAUGCGGACCUUCACCCUGGGAACAUCCUGGUCCAGGGUGCCGAUGGUCUUUCCAAGAGCCAGGAGGCGCGGCUGCAGCAGGUGGAUGUCUGUGAUGCUCUGGCUGUGGCUGUGACACCUGCCCAGUGCCCACUGCGCCUGGUGCUGCUGGAUGCUGGCAUUGUGGCCGAGCUGCAGGCCACUGACUUGAGGAACUUCCGGGCAGUGUUCAUGGCCGUGGCAAUGGGGCAGGGCCAAAAAGUGGCUGAGCUCAUCCUGCACCACGCGCGGGCCCACGAGUGCAAGGAUGUGGAGGGAUUUAAGGCCGAGAUGGCCAGGCUGGUGACCCAGGCCAGGAAGAACACCAUCACCCUGGAAAAGCUUCAAGUUUCCAGCCUCCUCUCGAAUGUCUUUAAGUUGCUGGUGACUCAUAAGGUAAAGCUGGAGAGCAACUUCGCCUCAAUUGUCUUUGCCAUCAUGGUCUUGGAGGGGCUUGGCCGCUCACUGGAUCCUAAACUGGACAUCCUGGAGGCAGCAAAGCCCUUCCUUCUGCAAGGCCUAGCGACCUGCUGACUGCGGCUCUGGGGGUGCAGCAGGCCUUGGCUCAACCAGAGGCCACUGCCAGCAGCCUCUCCUGUGGCAGCUUGAACAUCCUAGAGUUGGCAUGUGUGGAAGGCCUGCCAUUGCCUUUCACUCUGAUCUGGUUUCAGGCGUCUGUUUUGAAAGCUUUGGGCUACUUGGGUGGGAAGUAGAGGGAAGGUAGGGUCCUAUCCAUUCGGUCAUGGGAGCUGGGCCAGGUGUCAGGGAGCCUGUUUCAAGGAGAAUAUUCUCUGGAGGAGGACGAAUAAACUUAGUUCUUUUGUUU